GCACCGAUUCGCUUUUGCUCGGUGCUCCGCCAUCCUCCACUUCUCAAACAGAGCUCCUCCGGCUCGAUCUCCGAUCAGAUACUCUGUAGAUGCGAUAAUGAAUUUUCUACUCAGAUCUACUCAGACCGUGGCUGCAGAGCGGCCAACUGUUCAAGAAACUCCUCCUCCGGUUGCUUAUUACGCGCCAAAGCCUGCGGUAACUUUGGAGGGUCUGAUUUCUGAAGAUCCAUUUCCAGAAUAUUCUGUAGUCGACGAUAAUGACGAGGAGGCUGAUGCAUCUGGCAGCGAAAACGGAAGCAUUUCUGGUCAUAAGGAGAAAAGCGGCGGUGCUGCUGCAGUGAAGCACUCUGAUGUUUCUGAGGAAGAAGGGUGGAUUACCAUUCCGUGCAAGGACCUUCCUUGUGAUUGGAAAAAUGCAUCAGAUGUACAUUCGUUACGCACUCUGGACAGAUCUUUUGUUUUCCCAGGCGAACAGGUAUGUAUCUUGGCAUGCUUAUCUGCCUAUAAACAGGAUACAGAAACCAUAACUCCAUUUAAAGUCGCAGCAGUUAUGAGUAAAAAUGGAAAAUGGCAAAGUCCUGAAAAACAAAAUGGAAACAUGGAUGAUGGAACUCAUUCCACGAAUGGGGAAGGACAUACCAGUCCGGAUCAAAGUACAGAUCAGAAUGGUGAAAAUCCAUCAAGUGAAAAGAUUGAUCCAUCAGAGGAUGUUUCUGCCAGCGAAUACCUUCUCAGAAUGGAAGAUCACAGACGGCAAACAGAAACACUGUUACAACGAUUUGAGAACUCUCACUUUUUUGUAAGAAUUGCAGAGUCUAGUAAUCCCCUUUGGUCAAAGAAAAGAUCUCCUGACAAGUAUAGUGACUGUGAGAUGGUGGGUCAAGAUAUUUCGGGUAAUGGAACUCAAAACACUGUUGUAUCUAGCAUAAAUGCGGUCAUUGAUCAAGGAAAUUUUGAUUCCAAUGUCUCUGGUGGCGUAGCAAGAGGUACCUUUAAGUGCUGCUCUCUUUCUGAUGGAAGCAUAGUGGUGCUUUUACGUGUGAAUGUCGGUGUUGACAUAUUGAGAGAUCCUGUAUUGGAAAUUCUUCAAUUUGAGAAAUACCAAGAGCGGAAAUUGUCAUUUGAGAAUCAGGACGACUUAGGUUACUCACAUCUGGAUCCAUGUGGAGAAUUGUUGAAAUGGUUGCUUCCUCUAGAUAACACCAUUCCUCCUCUUGCCCGCCCUCUAUCUCCUCCCCGUUUGAUUUCCAAUGCAGGAAUUGGUGGAGCGUCUCAGAAGUCUAACGUUUCCACUUCAUCCGGUUCUCAGCUCUUCUCCUUUGGCCAUUUUAGAAGCUACUCCAUGUCCGCGAUACCUCACAAUUCUGCACCACCUACUGCACCUGUGAAAGCUGCAAGUUCAAAGCCAAAAUUUGAACUUGAAAACUGGGAUCAGUUCUCUACUCAAAAGUCCUCAAAGAGUAAAAAAAAUGGGGGCCGUAACCUUUUAUCUUUCCGAGGUGUCUCUUUGGAGCAAGAAAGAUUUUCUGUCUGUUGUGGACUAGAAGGAAUUCAUAUUCCAGGAAGAAGAUGGAGGAGAAAACUUGAAAUUGUUCAGCCUGUCGAAAUCCAGUCUUUUUCUGCUGAUUGUAAUACAGAUGAUCUUUUAUGUGUUCAAAUAAAGAAUGUGUCUCCCGCUCAUAUACCAGAUAUCAUAAUAUAUAUUGAUGCUAUAACAAUUGUUUUUGAAGAGGCGUCAAAGGAUGGACUCCCUUCAUCAUUACCAAUUGCUUGCAUAGAAGUUGGAAAUGAACACAGUUUACCAAAUUUAGCCCUCAGGAGAAACGAAGAGCAUUCUUUUAUCCUCAAACCAGCAACUUCUAUGUGGAGGAACAUAAAGGCUUGUGGAGAGAGAAAUUCCCAAUCAUCCCGAUUGCAGACUGGAUAUGCAACUUCAAGUUUGUCCCUUACAUCCAAAAGUAUUGAUCAAUAUGCAAUUAUGGUAACUUGCCGGUGCAACUAUACUGAGUCCAGAUUGUUUUUCAAGCAACCAACAAGUUGGCGACCUCGAAUUUCAAGGGAUCUUAUGGUCUCUGUGGCAUUAUCAGGAGAGCCCCCUAAACCCAAUGGAGUUGUUUCUCAGCUUCCCGUUCAGGUUUUAACACUUCAGGCAUCAAACUUAACAUCUGAAGAUCUAACCAUGACAGUUCUUGCUCCAGCUUCCAAUACUUCUCCAUCUGUGAUUUCAUUGAAUUCCUCACCAUCAUCACCUAUGAGUCCAUACGUGGUUUUAAAUGAAGUUGUAGGAAGAGUAGGCAGUGAGAAGUAUAGUACAUCAUUGGAAAGACCGAGAUCGAUUGCUGUUGUAUCUGAGAAUCAGAAACAUAAUGUUGAUUUUGGAGGCCGGACAGUUUCUUUUAGAGAACAAUCUUCUCCCAUAUCAGAUAUCAUCCCAAGUGCUGGUUUAGGUUGCUCGCAUUUGUGGCUCCAGAGUAGAGUUCCAUUAGGAUGUAUUCCUUCUCAAUCUACAGCUACCAUCAAACUUGAGCUACUUCCCUUGACUGAUGGCAUAAUUACUCUUGACACGUUACAGAUUGAUGUCAAGGAAAAAGGUGUUACAUAUAUCCCCGAGCACUCACUGAAAAUAAAUGCGACUUCCAGCAUUUCCACUGGGAUUAUUUAAAGAUGGUUCCUAGUAUUUCACAUUUUAUCUCGAGCUGUGGAAGGGUCCAUCCAAGGCCCGCCCUUUUGGCCAUCCUGAAUCAGAUUUUUUUAUGGUUUCUAGGCCAAUCAACGACCAUUCGCGCGUUUGCCUUCUCUUUGAGUGUGAUUGAUAUACCCAUAUCCAUUUGUCUUGGAUAUAUAGCUUUUAGUCGUGUGUUGUAAGUUGUAGCCCUCCUCUUGGAAAUGGAAUCGAUGUACAUUCUGGAAUGUCAAAAUAUAUACCUUUUUUUUUACUUUUAUUAUUUGAUUGUGCUUCUAGGUUACUGCACCUAGAAAAUAGUGGAGAAACUGGGAAUCACAUUAGAUUGUAAGUUUCUAUUUUUUACACCUACUAAAACCGAAGACCUUUUCAGAUAUUCUGUUCCUGAUUCCAAAUAUGAUGCUUAAGAACACUGCCAUUCUGUCA